UCUGUACCCCUGUGAUAUGAUGGGGGCAAGUACAACCCCCUGCAGAAGAUGAAAGUUGAGUUUCAGAGAGAUGAUGUGACCCAUUGGAGUCAUUUAGCUAGUUAGUGGUUGAGCUGGGCUUUGUGACUCACAGAAUUUUACAUCUGGGGCUCAUGUUUCUCCUAAAUGAGACUAGUUGUCUCGUUCCAGGGUCUCUAAUUCUCCUCUCUGGUUAGUUCUCUCAGGUACCACUGAGUAAAUGGCUGGGAAGAAUCACACCAUCUUGACUGAGUUUUUCUUUAUCACAUUCACUGAACAUCCAGAACUGGGGCUUCCUCUCUUCCUGUUUUUCCUUGGUCUCUAUGUCAUCACCUUGCUGGGAAAUUCAGGGAUGGUCAUUCUGAUAUGCACAGACUCCCGACUCAGCACCCCCAUGUACUUCUUCUUGAGCCACCUUGCUUCUGUGGACAUCUGCUACUCCUCAGUCACCACCCCUCAAGUGUUGGCCAUACUGCAUGGGCAGGGGCUGGUUGUCUCCUAUGAACGCUGUGCUGCCCAAUUCUUCUUCUUCACCUUCUUAAGUGCCAUUGACUGUUACCUCUUGGCUGCCAUGGCUUAUGACCGCUAUGUGGCUGUGUGCCAGCCUCUUCUAUAUGUGACUAUCAUGACCAAGAAGACCUGUGUGGCCCUGGUGACUGCAGCUUAUGCCGCUGGCCUGUCUGCAGCUGUAAUACGCACUACAGCUGCCUUCACUCUCUCCUUCUGUGAUGACAACCAGAUUGAUUUUGUCUUUUGUGACCUCCCACCCCUCCUGAAGCUUACCUGUGGGGACAGCUACACCCAGGAGAUGGUCAUCAUUGUGUUUGCCAUUUUUGUGAUCCCUCUCUGUAUGGUGGUCAUCCUGGUAUCCUACUUGUUUAUCAUUGGGGCCAUUUUGAGCAUCCCUUCAGUAGGGGGCAGAGUCAAGACCUUCUCCACCUGUGCCUCCCAUCUUGUGGCAGUUUCCCUUUUCUUUGGCACGCUCAUCUUCAUGUACCUGCGGUGGAAUGAAGGGAAUUCUCUGCAGGAGGAACGAAUUGUGUCUGUGAUGUACACAAUGGUCAUCCCUAUGCUGAACCCCCUUAUCUACAGCUUGAGGAACAAGGAGGUGAAGGAGGCAAUCAGAAAAGUCCUGAGGAGAACAAAGGUUUUCAGAAGUGACAUAGGGUGAAAGAAACUUCAUUGCUGAGCCUGUAGUACUCAUAGUUCUGUAACUAGUUGAAAGUGCUACUAGAGCAAAUUCAGUUGAGCUGGGCAUGGGAUGGCAAGGCUGUUACUCCAAGGGAAGUCAAUAUGGACAUAGGUGCCAGGAGUGAUAACUUGUCCUCCCACAAGUGUAGUGU